UCAAAAUGACGCUCUUCUCCGCGAGCGAUCAACGCGUCACUGUAUGCAACAUGAAGGACCGCACACAAGAGCUCAGACAAGGAAAAGUCCCAGAAGAGGUGGAUGAGGUGGCCGUCAGUAUUGAAAAGGGUUUCAUGGACGAGUUCUUUGAGCAGGUAGAGGAGAUUAAAGGGUUCAUUGACUCUCUGGCAGAGAGAGUAGAAGAAGUGAAAAUAAACCACGGUGCCAUCCUGGCCUCUCCAAACCCGGAUGAGAAAACAAAAGCGGAUUUGGAGGAGUUGAUGACAGAUAUCAAGAACUUGGCUAAUAAAGUACGCUCCAAGUUAAAGAAUAUCCAACAUACCAUUGAGCAGGAGGAGGCACUAAACCAUUCAAAAAAUCCAUCAGCUGAUCUGAGGAUACGGAAAACACAGCACUUAACCCUGUCACGCAAAUUUGUGGAGGUGAUGACAGAAUAUAAUGCAACGCAGUCAGAUUACAGGGAGCGCUGUAAAGGGCGUAUACAGAGACAGCUGGAGAUCACGGGAAGAAAUACGACAAAUGAAGAGUUGGAAAGCAUGUUAGAAAGUAACAACCCCUCCAUCUUCACUUCAGGAAUUAUCAUGGACUGCAACAUCAGUGAACAGGCCAUGAAUGAGAUUGAGACACGGCACAAUGAAAUCAUCAAACUGGAGAACAGCAUCCGUGAGCUGCAUGAUAUGUUCAUGGAUAUGGCCAUGCUGGUGGAGAGCCAGGGAGAGUUAAUAAACAAUAUAGAGAAGAAUGUCAGCAGUGCACAGGAAUAUGUGGAAAAGGCCAAAGAGGAAACCAAAGCAGCUGUCAAAGUCCAGAAGACUAGCAGGACGAAGUUGAUCCUGAUCGGCGGUUGUGUGUCCAUCUGUCUGUUCAUCCUCAUCAUCUCUCUAGCCAUAGGAUUGAGCUAACCAAGACACUCCACUGUCUGUGCGCUGCUUGUGAUAGACAGGAGCUCAGGACCAUCUGUUUUAUUUGUGAUACAGCCGAUAGAUUCAGUAGAAAAAAUUAAAAUAAAUCAUAGACAUGCAGGAUGUGCAAUGUACUGAAAAAUAAAAUGAGAUGAAAUAGGCUACGAAGUACAGUGGCUAGAAAAAGUAUUCACUAUCUGUAAAGUUAUUGUUUUACAUGUCAAUUGACUUUUUCUGAAGUUAUACAUUAUACAAAAUAUUUAAAGAAAGCAGACAGUACCAUUACUGUUUAGAGAAGUGGGUGUGAAUUUCAGCACAUCCUAUUUAAUGGUCAAAAAGUGAGAUGUAAGAUGUAAGUAGCUAAAUAUUUCAUAUUUGACGACCCAGAGUAACUAAAUAUUAAAUGUAAAUCCAGGAAUGCAAGCAAUUCAAAAGCAGCCGUUUUCAGCAGAUUAGGCUUGAGGUUAAAAUGCAUUCUUAUGCAAUAAAUUCUAGUUCUGGAUUUCUACCGUCUAUAUCCUACUCAAAUAUAGUCAUUCCAGACGCAAAUGUCUACAGUGUGAUCAGUGGCUGGACAUAUGAUUACACAUAUGAUUGUCCAUUCUACUGAAAGUGAAUACUUUUCAUGGACACUUUUGAUGUCAUCACCUGUGUUUGUGUUGUUAUGUACCGCUCUGUGUCACAUGUCUGCUCAGCAUUGUGGCAUGACUGUAAAUGGUAAACAGUGUUAUGUAUUUACUACACUCCUAAUGUUCAAAAUAAUGCCGUCUUGGAGAGCAGUGUUGAGCUAAUUGUUGUUUACUCUUAGAAACUGGUGUUUAACAUUAGACAACACUUACAUUAACCAAACCGAACAGAUCGCAACAGCAUAUACAUUUUGCAAAUGAAUCUGGAACAUGUUAAGUCAUAAUGAAUGAAACCCCCAGAAUCCUCAAACUGCUCUCCAUGAAUCUUUAAACAUGCAAUGAUAUUUCUGCCUGGGUCUUCUAUUUUUCAUGCUGCCUGGAUUUUUUUUUUUUUUUUCUUGAACUCUUCCAAAUACAGAAGAAAAUCACAAUUAUUAUCUGUUGUGUGCUGCUUGGAAUCGUUGUUGCUUCUAUCAUCGGCGGUGUGUUGU